AGCGCCUUUUCUCCCCGCGCCCGCGCUUUCUCCAGCUUGGUGGCCACCGACUUUGCUGAUCGCCCACACCGCAUCUGGACCCUCCGGCUCCAGGGCUACACAAAGCUCAGGGCGGCGGAGCCCGGCCGCGCACGGAGCCCCUGACUCGCAGAGAGCGGGACUCGGAGGCACACAGACCUGGCUGCGAACCCCGGCUCCGCCACUUUGUAGCGCUAUGACCAUGGGCAAGUUACCGAACCUCUCCUAGCCUUUCUCGCUCUGUUGGCAGCGGGUUUAUUGCAGUGACCAUGGGCGGCUUGGCUAGGGGGUAGGCUCAGCCUGCGGCCGCAUCGGUUACUUAGCGAGCGCUCAGUAAGUGUUGGUGAGGCGCGGAAGUGGGCGCCGCCGGCGCCCGAGUGCGCCCCCGCGCGCGGAAACACAACAGGGCCCCAAACUCGCCUCUGUGGCCGAGACCCUGCGCCCCUCCCCGCCUGUCGGUCGUGUCUCUACGAAAGGUGCCUCGUAAAGCAUUUGCGGGAGCGGACGCUCGGGGCCCUGUGGUCGCCUGGGUGCUCGCGCCCACCAUGCAGGGAUGCUCUCGGCCGCCCCAGCUCUGGCGCCUCCACCUGGGCUGCGCCGAGGAGGGCGGCUGAGCUAUCCUCAAACAACGGGCCUUUAGUUUUCAGGUGGCGAAACUGACUGGUCUGGUUAGAGAGCGUCCAAGCCAAGCCGCAGUACUGUUAGGUUUUUUAAAUUUCUCCUUCUGAGUGAGAAAAUAGCAAUCGAGUUGGAGCCAUCCGCACAACAGCUCCAGCUGGCAACAUCACCUCCCACCAAUUUACCCAACUUCUGCCAAGGCUCUGAAAUGCCAACUAUGUCGAGGCCUGCACUUGAUGUCAAGGGUGGCACCUCACCUGUGAAGGAGGAUGCCAGCCAAGAGAUGAGCUCUCUGGCCUACCCUAACCUGGGGAUGAAAGAUCGCAAAGCAGUGGCCAUUCUGCACUACCCUGGGGUAGCCCCAAAUGGAACCAAGGCCAGUGGGGCUCCCACUAGUUCCUCAGAAUCUCCAUCUCCAAUAAGCUCUCCCACUACCACCCCUCCCACUAAACCCCCUCCCUUCAACCUGCACCCCACCCCUCACCUGCUGGCCAGUAUGCAGCUGCAGAAACUUAAUAGCCAGUAUCAUGGGAUGUCUACCACCACUCCAGACCAAACUGGGGAGGCAGGGCCCCUGCAAAACUGGGGCUUUGGGGCACAGGCAGGAGGGGCAGGGCCACUAUCUCCUUCUACCGGUGCCCAGAGCCCUGCUAUCAUUGAUUCGGACCCUGUCGAUGAGGAGGUGCUGAUGUCGCUGGUGGUGGAACUAGGACUGGACCGAGCCAAUGAGCUUCCGGAGCUGUGGCUAGGGCAGAAUGAGUUUGACUUCACUGCGGACUUUCCAUCUAGCUGCUGAUGCCAGCUGUCCCUAAAGAUGGAGGAAUAAAGCCACCAAUUCUGUUGUAAAUAAAAAUAAAGGUUACUUACAAAGA